UUCGCGAGCGGCUCGACUUCCGGGCGGAACUUUGUACACCGCUGCACAGCCGUCGGCUGAGCGCGCGCCGUCACGGGGUCUGUGGUUCGCACCUGCGGCGUGAGCCCUUCGCCGCCGUCGGGAGAAUCAGAAUGGACGACGUGGUUAUGGAGGACGACGACGACUGUCCAGAGUUGGUGCCCAUCGAUACGAGGUCUUCGUCGCCUGCUAAGCAGAUACCCGUCACCGUCAUUACUGGCUACCUCGGUGCUGGGAAGACGACACUUUUGAACUACAUACUUACAGAGCAACACAGCAAACGAAUCGCUGUAAUCCUUAAUGAAUUUGGAGAAGGCAGUGCCCUGGAGAAGUCUCUAGCUGUAAGCCAGGCGGGAGAGCUGUACGAGGAGUGGCUGGAGCUCAGAAAUGGCUGCAUCUGCUGUUCUGUCAAGGACAACGGUCUCAAAGCCAUAGAGAACUUGAUGGAAAAGAAAGGGAAAUUUGACUACAUCUUACUGGAAACCACUGGGCUAGCCGAUCCAGGUGCCGUAGCUUCAAUGUUCUGGAUCGAUGCUGAACUUGGCAGUGACAUCUAUUUAGAUGGCAUUGUCACUGUCAUCGACGCCAAGUACGGAUUGCAGCAUUUAACAGAGGAAAAACCAGAUGGGUUGGUCAACGAAGCAGCCAGACAGGUUGCCCUCGCUGACCUGACCAUAAUCAACAAGACGGAUCUGGUGGCUGAAGAGGAACUUGUUCAUCUCAGGGACACUCUCAGGUCUAUAAACGGUCUUGUCAAGAUCCUCGAAACCCAGAAAUCAAGGGUGGACCUGUCUGAGGUUUUAGAUCUACAUUCCUUCGACAACAAGGAUGUUGCAAAUUUAGGGGAGAAGCUCCUACUUGUAAAAAACACAAGGCCGCAUCUUGACAAGAGUAUUGUGACGGUGACCUUUGAAGUGGCUGCAGAUCUAUCGGAAGACGUUUUGAAUGUAUUCAUCCAGGACCUUCUGUGGGAAAAGAUGUUCCAGAACAAAGAGGGGCAGCCCAUGACCGUUAUUCGGUUAAAGGGUUUAAUAUCAAUUGCAGGUAAAUCCCAUCAGGUGAUGCUGCAGGGGGUCCAUGAGUUGUAUGAGCUAGAUGAGACUCCACAGCUGUGGGGGCAGGAGCCACGGGUCAACCGACUAGUAUUUAUAGAAACUUGGACCGAGACGUUCUGCUGGAGCGGUUUGUCUCCACAGUGGUGCAAAGAGGGCAAAGAAAUUAGGCUCCUUCUGACGUGGCAAACUCUUCCAGCCGAUCCCACACCCAUAGGUGUUGCUGGGACCUGCAACAAACCAAGGACUAGGGUAGAGGGUUUCAUGCCGGUGUUUGUUCUUGAAACUAGGCUAGGGUUAGUCCAAGGGUGGCUGAAGUAGUUCUGAGAUUUUUUUUUCCGUCUUUUUAUCCAUGACUUAAAUUGUAAAGUGGACUUGAAACAACAUAACAGCUCUAAAACCGUCAGGGUCAGCAACUGCAAGAGUUUUCAGAAGGUUUGAACAAUAGUCUGAAAAAUUGACAUUGCUGUUCUUGUUUUUUUCCUGACAUGUAUUGAGGUGUAAUGUAAGCAGAGAGUCUGAAAUGUGCAUUGAGGUUGAAAAACCAAGAAAGUCAGAAACCCCCCCCACCCCCGGGCUGUGAAUUAUUGAUUAGGCCGUGUGAUGGCCUGGCGGCCUGUCCAGGGCAUCUCCCCACCUGCCGCCCAGUGACUGCUGGGAUAGGCUGCAGCAUCCCCACGACCCUGAGAGCAGGAUAAGCGGUUUGGAUAAUAGAAUGGAGUGGAACUUCAAGCUCCAUCCCAGUGCUUUUCUAUUCCUUCUCUACCUGAGCUUAUGGCUGACUAGUUAGUGUUUUAGGAAAAGAGCAUCUUAGCCUUUUUUAGUAGGGAUCCUGCCUCUCCUAUGGACCAUUAGUCCGUAUAGGAGGUGUGUGCAAGAAUUUACACAUAGUGCUGCACGAUUAAUCUCAUUGUAAUUGCGAUGCCAGCCUGUGCAAUUAGAGACUGCGAUUUAAAUAAUAAAACAUGCACGUGUGAACGUCAGUUUGUGUGCAAUCUGCAUAUCUACGCCCAUAAUUAAGCGAUGACCAAUCAGUGUCUGUUUAGGCAGUGAAGCAUGUGCAGUCUAAGGUCGCAUACUAACCAGUGUGCUGUGUGCAGACCAGAAAAAAGGCAGCAAUGGAUACCGAUGACAACGAGCGGGCUAAACGCUGAUGAACUGGUGGCACGAAAAAAAAAGCGACCUCUGAAAAAGAGCGAUAUUUUGGAUUCAAGCUCAGCGACGUCGAGCAGAAAGCGCUACUCUGUAAAACAUGCAAAAUGAAAGCCGCUACACGUCGCGGCAACACAAAUUUGUAUUAUUUGUAUAUGUAUAAAUUGGUUUAUUAUAUCGCAAAUCACGAUAUUGUCCACAAUAAUCGCAAUAUGACGUUUUCCGCCAAAUUGUGCAGCACUAAUUUUACACAUGUAAAAUAUGCGAAGACACCAUAAUUCAACGAGGCUUUGGAGAUUUACACGCAUUUUAAAAUCUGGUACAAAAUUAUGUCAUGAAAAGGGCGGUUUUUUUUCUUACCUUUUGAUAAUUUUCUUUUUGCUUUUAAGUUAUUUAAAAUAAAACAUUUAA